AUGACCACGUCCACUGCUUCCGCAUCAGCGGCUAUCCCGUUGACGACGGUGUUUACACCUCCAGCCUCGUGUACGAGUGUGAAUUGGGUUUCAUCGGAUUGCAAGAAAAGCACCUGCGAUGGUGUCUACAACAUUGUACAAACCACCGACACAGACUGUUACCCAUCCGGAUGGGCGAAGACGGCUACCUGGUUCUCACCAGGAUUGUUUUGUCCGACCGGAUAUACCGUCAAUAAUACCAAUGUGGUCACCAGUGGCUUGGGUUUAACGGAGACUCAGGCGAGAUGCUGUCCCUCAGGAUACGCCUUUGCAACCAAAGCCUUGGAAGUCUGGUGGACCCCCGAGCCAUGCACCAAGAUAAGCAGGACAACCACCGUCAUCGAUUAUACCGUCCUCGGCGUAACCCCAACUACCACAACGGCAAUCACAUACACACAUCCCAUCAUCCACGCAUACCCCGUCGAACUAAGAUGGCAAUCCACAGACAGCGUGGACGCAGUCGUAAAGUCCUCCGCCACGGUCAUGUUGACAUCUAGCACCGGGACUUCCGCAACAUCAACAUCGACAUCCAGCUCUUCAUCCGGGCUCUCCACGGGAGCAAAAGCAGGUAUCGGAGUUGGCAUUGCCGCAGCAGCCAUCAUCGUAAUCGUCCUUAGUCUCCUCUUCUGGUUCCGUCGAAGGAAAAACCAAAAGGCUGCUACACAGACGUCGGCCGAUUACUCCCGUGAUGAAUCCAUAUUCCAGAAAGCUCCUCAACAGGAACCCGUGGAGCUAGAUGCAUACACCCCCGAACUUCAUGGGAGCUUUUCACCGGCUUCGGAGCUUGCGAGUGAUCAGACCGUUAGUGAACGGGGUUAUAGUGAUCGUGGACAUAGUGAAGGGGCGCAG